AUGGGUUUUAAUUGUCAUGGUCUUGUUAUUGGAAAUGAAGCAUUAUUUACUAAAAUUCCAUCUUAUAGAGAAGGAUUAACUGGAAUGGAUUUAGUUCGAUUAGUACUUGAAAGAUGUUCAACAAGUCGAGAAGGAAAAGAAACAAUUAUUUAUUUAUUAAAUAAAUAUGGACAAGGAGGAAAUUGUGGUUUUACAUCAAAAUUUUAUUAUCAUUCAAGUUUUUUAUUAGUUGAUUCUAAAGAAGGAUGGAUUAUUGAAACAGUUGGAAAAGAAUAUGCAGCAAAAAAAAUAAUAAAAGGAAUUGAUACUAUUUCAAAUAUUAUUUCAUUUGGAAAUAUUCAAACAUUUGAUGAAUAUUCAAAUAAUUUAAUUGAACAAGCUAUUGAAAAUCGAUGGUGUCAUUCAAUUGAAGAUUUUCAUUUUCAAAAAUGUUAUUCUGGAUUUUCAUUUUAUCCUAAAGAAUUUUAUAAUGCUUUUAUUAAAACUCAUUUUGCAUCUGGUCAAAUAAGACAACAUAGAUCGAAAGAUUUAAUUGAAAAUUUAUCAAAGAAAUCAAAUGAAAAAUCUUUUCAAUUUACUCUUAUUGAUAUGUUUAAUGUUUUACGUGAUCAUCAAUAUUCUCGAAAUUCUCCAUCGAAUGGUUUAACUAAUGUUGAUAUAUGUAUGCAUGCGGGAUUUGGACCAAUUAAAUUUAAUCAAACAACAGGAUCUUUAGUUUCAGUUAUUCCAACAUCAAAUAAUUCAAUACCAGUCCAUUAUUUAGUUUCGGAAUCGAUACCUCCCUCAUUUAUUUCAUCAUCAAAUAAUUCGAUAUCAAAUCCAUCUUUGACUUAUUCAUCAAAUAAUAUUUGGUGGAAAUCAGAAAUAAUCAAUAGAAAUAUAAUCAAAUAUUAUAAUAAACUUAUUAAAAAAAUUCAAUUUGAAAUAAAUAAAUUAGAAUAUGAUAUUGUUUGUCAAUCAAAAAUAUUAUUAUCAAGAGAUAUUUCACAAGAACAAAGAAAUAAUUUAACUCUACUUUAUUUUCAUAAAGCUGAUCAAUUAACAAACGAAUGGUUUAGAAGAGCUUAUAAAUUAUCAUUUGAAAUUGAAAGUGAACUUUCAUUAUGUCAAGAAUUAACUUGGAAACAAUGGAGAAUAUCUGCCAAUAUUCCUUAUUAUUUAAUUAAAUAUUCUAAAGUUGAAUUCGAUAUUAAAAACUAUAUUGCCCUUUAUUUUCUAUUAUUAAUAUUAUUUUUAUUUAAUCAAUUUUAUUUUAUUAUCAUAUUUAGUUUAUUUAUUAUUUAUUUAUUAUUGAUUAAAAUAAUUCCUAAAAAAACAAAAACCAAAGAAAAAGACCAACAUAUUAAAUUAGAAAGAUUAAAUUUUAACGAUGAAAAUUAA